CUCAAAAAUGAUCUUCAAAGACACAUUUUAAUCAGGCACUUACGGUGGGUACUAAAAAUGCCCAAUCAUCAGCAAGCGACGGCGAGCAAGAAGGUCCUCACAGGCAGGAAUGAAAAUAGAAGUGAAAGCUGCUGCGAAAAAGUAGUUUUUAGAUAAUAUAAUAACAUUUUAAUCUAGUUCCUCAGUAUCGCUUGAGCUCUGAUAAACGGCAUCAUGUUUAUCUCUUCAGAAAACUCUCCGCCCUGCUUCAAAGAUUUCACCCUCGUCAUGCCAGCAGUGGCUGUUGGUAAUGUGGGCCAGCUGUCUGUGGACCUCAUCGUGUCGACGCUCAACAUGAGCAGAGUGGGCUACAUGCACACGGACUGCCUCAUCCCCAUGACGGGAAACAACCCGUACGCCACCUCCAACGAGAACGCUGAGGAGCUGCACACUCCUGCAGAAGUUUACACGGCAGCAGAACUGAAGCUGGCCGUUCUUCAAAUCCGGGCACCAAUCAUCCAGUCCAAAUCCAAAAAGUUCCGUCAGCUGCUCGUCUCUUGGAUCAAAUCCAGUGGGUUCUCCAGGGCCGUCGUCCUGUCCAGCAGUCAGGCCUACCAGAGGGACGACCAGCAGAUGAAAGGCAUUCCUCUGAGGUACCUGGUCACUCCGUCCCUGCUGAAAGACAGCGAGGACGCCUUGAAGGAGCUCAGCUGGAGGGAAAUGGAGCGAGUGUCGGCCUACCCGGGUCUGACGGACGCCAACACGGAGCCUCGCCUCUACGUCCCCGGAGGAGGCAUAACUAAAGGACUCUACACAGACAGCUGUGCAGAGGACGUCCCGCUGGCUGUGCUGAUUCUCUUCUGCUCGGAGGGAGACAACAUCCCAGACGCCUUCACGCUCGUCAACCACCUCAACGACUGGCUUCACCUGCUGGACGACCCUAGCCAGAAGCCCAACAAAUGGAAGAUCCCAAAAUCCUGGAAUCUUCUUUUUGGCAGCGGUAUCCCUCCAGCACUCUUUUAAACUUAUAAUUAGCUUCUGGGAAAAGCAGCAAGAUCUCAUAUCCGUGUUUUAUAAUGAGUUUACCUGGUCUGUACUUCAAACAUCACGAAAGCCCUCGCACUUGCCAACAGCUUCCUUUUUUAUUUUGAUGAUAAUCUUUUAGGUGCAUAAACAUUACGUCAUGUACAGGAACUGACCUAAAUGAGCACUUCUGGUAUAUUAAUUCAUUGUUUUUGCAGCAUUUGAAUGUGAUUUUCAAAUAAACUAUUGUGACACGAA